AUGGUGGAAGCAGUACCUAAGAGGAUGCACGGUGUUUAUGAUCAAAUCACUAAGGUAAAUAGACGAGAAUCUACAUAUGUGAUAUUCCAUGUACCGAACGUUAGGGACGUGCAGUUUCAGCUGCUGUCGAUGGGCGGCUCAAUCAGCACAGAUGCGACUAAAUUGCCUUCUCUUGAGGAUAUUAAGAAGACAUUCGACGAAUGCAAGGAAGAGGUCAUGAAGUACGACAGCUGUUACAUAGCGUACGAUUUUUACUUCAAUAAUGCCAACGGCGCGUUCAGAAAUAUUUUCAUACUCAUUUCGUUCAUAAACGAUGAUACAUGUCCAGCAAAUAAAAGGUUCUUUUACUCGUCUUAUUCGCUAGAACUGGUAAAGAAAAUCAACGCUGCCAAGCACAUUCCUGUUAAUUCGACAAAAGACUUUACCUACGAUUACUUUGAAGAGGUGUGCCGCUGUCAUAAGAAAAAUUAAAGCACUGAGCGAUCAUUUCUGACUUAUUUGAAAAAUGUGUUGAUUUUGUUUGAAGCCCGUUGUUUGCUGAAAAGGUUUUUGUUUUUUUAGCCGAGACGAAAAAUAAAAAGUAUUUAACGAA